CCACUCUAACUCUUCUUGCACCAGUUCAUUUUUGAGUUCCUCCAUAAGCUCAUAUUCUUCAUCACUGAUAAUUUCAUCACAGAAAUUAAACAUAGAUUUGUAUAUAUCUGUUAGGGCAGUGCAUAAAUCUUCCUCUAUUAGGGACCCUCUCAGUUUAUCCAACAGCAUAACACGGCAGUUUUGAAUUUUAUUUUUGUAAUUCUGAAAUAUAAAACAGUAUUUACUUUUGGAAAAUACGUCUCAUUAUUCAAAAGGUAACAAUAAGUUUGACUAGCCAUUCAAACGAUAGAAUUCACUCACUCCUACAAACGUUCGACUUCGACCUCCGAAUAGUUAACGAAAGUCUAUCGUUUAACUUAAAUCUUAUCAGGAACCAGGGAUAAGAACAAGUUUAUUGACAGUCUACUCUAACCUACAUUGAAUUGAUUACGAAAAAAACCACUAAAAAUUAAACAGAUUUAUACUUUAAUCCAACACAGAAGCGUCUUUUACUAGAUUUUAUUUACCUUCCUCAUUUUCUCCUUUAUUUCUACAGGAGAUCGUUUUGGUCCACUCUCCAAAUGCUUGAAUCUUGGUGACGAGGUCAUUUUAAUACAAAAUAAAAACUAAAUAAAUACUAGAUACUCGAAUUAAUAGAAAUACAAUACUGAUGAAAUAUUGGCGCAAAUAAAUCUAUAGUUUGAAAAUUACUCUAUCUGUCAUACGUCAUUAAUUAUUAAUGUCACUCAACUUAAAAGAUAGUGAUAGUAAUAGAUUUUAAAGACAUGAAUUAGUCAGCAGACGAAUCGAUAAUAUCAAUCAUGCACAUGCGUGAUAAACCAUUUAAGUCUAAUUAAGGCGCCAAAAUCUAUGUAGGUGAGAAAUUUUACAACGCGAAAGAGCUAUAAGCUGUUGUGUCCAAACAAUCUAUUAUAAAAAAAGUUCAUACACGCAGCUGUUGUUACUUGACAGUUGUAGGCUUAAAGAUUACAAUUAUAAUUACAUGCUCUGUGAUUACAAUGUUGGAUGGUGAAUGGGUCCUAUCAUAUUUAUUUGUCAAUGUUAUCAGCAUGAAAAUUAAAUUGAAAAUAAUAGAAUGAUUUCCUCAGUGUAGCAACAUUAGCUGUCAGAUGAAAAAAACAAUGUGUGAGUGUGAGUGAUAAGUAAAAAUAUGGACAAGUCCAAAAGUUGAUAGACCUUUUAUCAAACGUAAUUCAAUAAAACUUCAAGUUAUAAUUUACAACUUUGGCACACAUCUGUAUUCACACCAUCAAAAUGAACGAUGUUGACAAACGGCAAUCCCGACCAGAGAAGGAGACUAUACACUCGGGACACUUUAUGGUGUCACAUUUUGAAGCUGAAGCCCAAGACGACUUUGAUGACUUGGUCACAGUGCCCGAAGAAGAUGAGAAACAAAAUAUACAGAAAGUUACAGCUGUGGCAACUUAUACAGUACCCGGGGCGAUGAUACCUUAUCCUCCUGAUAAAGAGGAAAGUGUUCAGCACCAACAACUUUCUAUAGAGAUAUCUUUGACAAAAUUAUUCAAAUGUAUGACUUUGGCUUACAGACAAAAGUUAACGUCUCCAAAAUGGAAUCGUUUUAAAGGUAUAAAACUUCGGUGGAAGGACAAGAUUCGAUUAAACAACGUCAUAUGGCGGUGCUGGCAUAUGCAAUUCAUAAAGAAACAAAAUACUUUGGUAUGCCAAUUCGCUUCCCCGUUAGAUGUUGACACACACGUAAAACCAGAGGCAACAAUAUUAGAAGGUAAAUAUUGGAAACGGAGAGCAGAGGCGGUUAUAGCAGAAUAUAAAAAAUGGCGCAAGUUUCAUAUAAUGCGACUCCUUGGAAAAGGAGACACAUCGGUCCAGGACACGAUAUCGGAUAUGGACACGGUGGAAUCGUUCUCACAGUGCAGCGACCUAGCAGGCAAUAUGCUCACAGACGAGGACUACCUCAACUUCAUGACUGACACACUCUUUUCCACCAUCAGCAGCCACCAACCCUUCGCCUUCCCGGACUGCAGGGAAAUAGCUAGAGGCGCAAGUUUAGCAGACUUCAUACAACCAAGUUUAGGUCCUCUACAACCCAAUCUUGAUGAUUUUAUGGACACAUUGGAACCACUUCAAGAUUUGUUGACGCCCAGACCGCUACCGCCAGUACCCGAAGAAUCCGCGUUGCCCUCCGACGACUCAAUGUACCGCGGGGCUAUGUCAGUGGACACAUACUCGUCACAGAACUUCAUGACCAGCAACCAGAGCAACACAGCGGUCACGAUGCCCACCAGUCAGAUGUCUCUGCACGGGACAACCAACAAUACUCAAAUGAUGUCGAUGGCUGAGCAAACAAUAAAGAAUGAGCAGCAGAUGGGAAUGUACGAUAACGGCAGGCUGUUCUCCCAGUCCGACAUGCAGAACAAUAUGAUGAAUGCUCAAGAGAUGCUGUCUCCGUAUCAACAGAUUACUUAUGAACAGCAGAAUACGCCACAGUCCGACCAACAAAUGCAUAAUGUUUAUGUUGGAAAGUCAUCUCGGCUACAAUAUGUUAACACUCCCAAACUUGUAACGCAGACGGACCCCUGCUAUAAUCAAUAUAAUAAAGGUGUACCACCUUCACAAACUGCGCCAGAAACAGUAUCGUUGCUACAGCAACCAAUACAAAAUUCUAAGUACGCGUCCACUAUAGUAAUACAGGGGCGUGGAGGCUACAGCAGAGAGAAGCCCAGGCAGAGAGUGUCCCACUACUCGGGCCAAGUCCAGAGUAACCAGUACCAGAAUUACGGGCAGGCCAUGAGUCAGUCGGCGCCGCCGGUGUCCCCACAGGGCUACGAGUCUCGCGCGGUAAGCUCGCGCCAGACCUCGCCGCAGAUGCAGUACUUGCAGCCAAGUCCCGUGGACUCGUAUAAGACUAAGCCUUCUUCUUCUACGGUUAACCCACGCUCGUUUAAGAUGCCUUCGCCGCCGUUAGUGCCCGCAGCAGCUCCACAGAUGUCGAGCGUGGGCUCCAGUUCCGGCGCGGGCCGCGUCAACAAGGAACAGUAUCGCUCGCACAGCCUGCCGCUGGGCUCGCAGCUGAACCCCGACUGGACAGUCAGUGCGCCCGCGCAGCCCGCGCCGCCCGCGCCCUCCGCUCUAGACGUCUCCGUCGCUAAGCAUAACGCGAGGGCUCGCGAGUCGAACCCGGGUGCCAUUCGCAUUCGGUCUCGCUCUACGUCGAGCGGCGUGGUGGAAGGCGAGGCACGCGACGGCGGCGCGGUGGGCGGGGCGGCGGGCGUGGCUGCGGCGGGGCGCCGCCCCCCGCCACUCAACAGCGUGGCGUCCGAGCCCACGCUGCCGCAAGCUAGCGUUAUGCUCGCUCAGCUGCUCUCAGCGCAACACUCUCAGAGUAUGUACAAGCUGAACAAUAGCGAGGAGGGAACUGGGUCUGACCCCACCAAGUCGCCAGUCAGGAGGGGUCAGCCAUCGCCUAUUGGUAGCGAUAUCAUGUCCCCGCACCAGUCGCUGUCCCCGCCGGCGUCCCCCGGCGGCGGCCCCGGGUCCCCGCGCGGCGGGUCCCCGCGCGAGGCCCGCCGCACCCACCUGCACGCCGAGCAGAAGCGGAGGUACAACAUCAAGAACGGAUUCGACACGCUGCAGGCACUCAUACCGCACCUCAAUACCAACCCCGCCGCCAAGAUAAGUAAAGCUGCCAUGCUGCAGAAAGGUGCCGAGUAUAUCAAACAGUUGAAAGCUGAGAGAAAUCAAAUUAAAGAGGAGAUGGAAAGUCUACGACAGCAAAUAGAAUGCUUAAAUAAUUCUAUCACCAACUGUCACUCGUUGUUGCCUGCGACAGGCGCGCCCGUGUCGCGCGCGCGCUCCGGCAGACUGCGCGAGAUGUUCGCGCGACAUGUCGCCAACCGCACCAUGCACAACUGGAAGUAUUGGCUCCAAGGCGUACAGUUCAGCGUAGUGAGCGCGGCGCUGGUGGAGUCGUUCAGUGCGUGCGUGUCGUGCAGCAGUGCGGCCGACCUCGUGCGCACCACGCUGCUGUGGGCCGAGCAGCACUGCUCGCUGGUGGAGAUGCGGCCCGCGGUCCUGAACUCGCUGCGCGUGCUGUGCACGACGACGGACAUCCUGACGAGCCCCGAGCGCCUGGCGGACGAGGCGCGCGCCGCCGUGGCAGCCAGCGCCGCCGUCAAGACCGAGCCUACCUAGCGGCCUAGCAUCAACUCGGGUUAUUACUAGAUUACUUGUUAUAGAGUGCGUGUCGAUACUAAAUGUUAAAUAGUCGACCUACAUAUCAAACUUUAAAUAUGAAAAAAUAUCAAACCGCGCAUUGUGAGGUCGGUCUUCUUACCAUGUUGUUAUUAUUUAUUUGUAUUCAAAUAUAUUUCAGAGCAAAUUGUGUUACAUAUUUCGAUCCACGUUUGCCUUAAUUUUGACUCCGCCACUUACUUUUAUUUAAAUACCUCACUAAAAGUAUAAUUUUGGAAUGAAGGAUGUAUAAGCCAUUGUAUGUGGAAUGAUAGUUACAAUAUUUCAGUUAUAACACGAGGCUAAUACUAAAUAAUAUAUGUUCUUCUCUUCCUCCUGCUUAUAUCCCAAACUAUUUGGAAUCUAACGUCUUCUAUUUUCCGUCCCCCAUUUCAGACAUUGAGAUAUCAUCCUAUCAGAAACUCCUUCUGGUAUAUCAUUCCUCACACAAUGUAUCGAUCGUAAAUAAUUAUUACUACUGUCAGUUUUUAUGAAUAUGAGCAAAGUUCCAAAUGUGAGCUUACAUCGAAAUUGAUACUUCUUUGUUUGUAAUUAUAUUAGUGUAUUCAUAAAUUGUAUGGAUAUUGUUGGUUUGACUAUAAAUUUUAUCAAGAAUACGGAAAAUAUAUCAUUGUCACAGUUCUGGUGAGUCUAUUAUAGAUUUAUAAAUUUUGUAUAGCAUCACAACAACCAUAAUUAAAUGAUGUAUCACAUUUGUCACAUUCUCUGUGAUGUUGUGUAAGAGCGGUCCAAAUUUCGUAUUUGAUCAGUGUGGGCGUUGCCUCGGCCUGUAACGGCGAAGGCAGAUCAUGAAGUGUCCUAAUCUAGUGCCUUGUAGCUACGUGGUAAAUAUUUGUAAAAAUACACAACUGUCUUCUAGUAAGUGAUUCACAAAAGUCGGCAACUGGGUGUUGUUCUAGCUACGAGCAAUAAUAAAAUCAGAUUCCCGAACGUGAUUAUAUCACUUUGAGUAGAUGAGAUUGCUGCACUAAUUUAUUCGUAAGCACGUCGUUUUGAUUAGUUUUUGUCCAAUUGCUAGUCUGAUAUUAUUUUUGCUUGUAUUCUACAAUCUCCGAUCGCCGUUAAGAUGCCAUUUGAAUUCUUGUUUGGGCAUGUUAUUAAUUUUUUUUGCAAAUCUUUUAGUGCGACAUUAACUGAUUUCAUUCUCCCUAUGUUUGAGUGUGAAAUCAAUGCAGCAUACAAAAAGAAGUAAUUUUACCAAAGAUAAAGAGCCGCAUUACGCUUGGUAUAGCGACUCGAUCACGUUGUAAACUAUGUACAUGUGCCCGUCCUGUCCGAUAACACGUGAAUACCAAUGUAGUUCGUAAGAAACAAUGAAUUUAUUGAACUUGUCGAGAUUUAAUUUAGAAUUGUCUAAGUGUAUUUACGUAAGUACUUUAAGCAAAUAUUUUUAUAUUGUGUGAUAACACAGAUGUUUUUAUAUAUAACUAUAUAUAACUCGGUGCCAACGUAAAUAUUGUUGUAAUUUGUUAUGUAGUGAUAUAAUUUUAUGAAGUAUCGUUGACUCUGGCAGCACGUUGUCGUUUGUUAGCGGCGGUCGCGUCAGCCGCGCCCCGCUCGUGAGCUUUAAAUGAGGUUAAGUGCAAUUGUUGUUCUAUUGGAAAUACAAUCUGGAAACACACACGCUGUUUUAAUUACCUUUUAUUUCAAACAAACAAACAAGGUACAAUUGGAUAAUAAAUUAGUAAAUCAUAUAAAAGUCACGAGUGAUUACAAAUAUUUAUUUGAAUUAGCUCAAUGGUCCUCUUGCUUUCAACUCAUCAAAUAGUCACUGCGAACGUUGUGUUAUAGUAACUGAUUGAGAUUCAAUGUCAACACAUUUAUAUAAAUAGCUUAAAUUCCUACAGUAUCAAUUAUGUAUUGUUAUUGUAUGACUCUGACUGACGACCAUAUUGUAAUUUCUUGAUAAAUUGCCUGAAUAUGUUAGACUCCUUUGCAAGAACGUUUAAUUAAUACCUAGACGUUAAUCAUUGUUUGGCUUUCAAAUACAAAUGUUUAUUACAAAUGUACAGGAAAUAAAUGAUGACAAAUCGAUUAUACGAUUUUAAGGGAAUACAUACCAUUUUGCAAAUACUCUGUUCUGUGCAGUCGGAAUAUUGUAUUGAAAAGACGAAAAUGUUUCAUUACUAAGAUAUAAAUACAAAUUAUCAACUACGUAUUUUGAGUACUUACGUCUUUUGUUGUCAUUAGACAAAGGAAUGAUAGUUACUUAGUCAUAGUCACGAUAAAAUCUUUAUGUGCAGUCUUAGAGUCAAAACAUAUUUUAUGUUUACAACUAAAAUACUGGGCAGUUGAAUACAGCACUAUUAUUCAGUCAUUAGGUGGGGCACCCAGAUAAGCUAAGGUAUUUUAAUAGGUCUUUACUUAUGAUACUGCCGUUCUCUUCGUAUCAAAACAAAAUCUUAUUAAUUUUUUUUUUCAAUACUUUGCUCAUUUGUUUGAUAGUAAAUAUUCAGUUUUUAUCGUAUUUGCAUAAAAUAUAAUGUAAGUAAUUGCAUGAGAAACGGCAAUUUCGUAAAGGUAAAGACCUAAAUGGCGUAGGAUGUAUUUAUUACUUUAUAUCUUUUAUCUACUUUAUAGGUAUUACAUUUUUACAAAUGUCAAAACAAAUACUCUUGAGUUUUCUAGUUUGUGGCCAGGUGUGAUACACGUAGUAAUGUGCUCUACGUUUAGGGUUUAAAGCGUAAAAAUGGUUAGUUUGAGUAGUGCGAGGCUACGUGCUAUGUGUCUCGCUGCGCGGCGGCCAGCAGGCGCGCCAGGCGGGAGGCGGGCUGCGACAGUAGGGCGGCCACCGCGCCCUGCUCCGCCACCUGGCCACUGUCCAGCACCACGCCGCGCUCGUACCCGCGCACUGACGAUAUGCGGUGCUGCAAC